AUGAGGUUCACUUUUGUGAUUUAAUUUAUCAUGAAAAUUAAAAAGUUGAAAAACAAAAGAUCAAAAUACAAGAGCAUUAAUUCUAAUGAGAGGGCACUUAUCAUUCAAUAUAUUGAGGAAUACAAGUAUUCUACCUCUCAUGUAUGAUUUUUAUCAUUUAAAGGUCUCUAUGAUUACGGGUCAUAACAAAUCCACAAUAAAGGCUAUAUAUUAAGUUUAUAAAAAGGAAGGCAGAGUCUACAAAAAAGAAAAAAGGGAUAGAAUUUUAAAUAUAACUGCUCAAGUCCUAUUAUUUGUGGUUGAUGAUUUGUAUAUAUAUGAAAAUUAUUUCUAGAAAUGAAAGUUUUGUUAGGUUAGGAGAAGAAUUCAAGGAUUUUAAAACUGUAAAUGAAGAAGAUAGUGAUAUCAUAGAUUUCAAAGAGUAACUGAUUAAAGAAUAGUUGAUAAAUAAGAAAUGUCAAAUUCUAAGCUUGCUAGUAAACUAGUAGGCUGAAAACAAUUUUACAGAAGAAAUGAACACAAUAAUUGAAUAACAAAGCUUAACUAAUGAUUUCAGUAUUAUUUAUCCUAAAACUAUAGGAAUUUUUUAGGAAAGACAAUCAAUCAAAGUUUCAAUAAAUAGAAAACAAGAAAAAUGUUCUUAUAUAAAUCAAAUUCCAAAAUUUUUUUAUUAAAACUUCUACUCAUCAGUUUUAAAUAUACUCGAUGAAUAACAUAGAUUAAUGAGGAGUUGA